AUGCAAGUUCCAGACAUUGACCAGGCUCAUUGCCUUGCUUUCUUGUCAAGGCUCAUUCAAAUCAAGAGCUACUCGCAGACCGAUGGCGAGCUAGAGGCAACGAAUUUCAUGGCCGAGCAGAUGAAAAGAAUUGGGCUGGACUCGAAUAUUUUUCAGUUCGAUAAUGGCCGUCGCCAGAAUGCUGUAGGGGUAUGGAAGGGUCAUAAUUCGUCAGCGAGCAACAGAACUCCAAGAACCCUUCUCUUCAACGGACAUCUCGACACGAAUCCUGUUUCAGAAGGUUGGACGAUCGAUCCUUGGGAGGGGAAGAUUGACGAAGAAUUCAUAUACGGUAUUGGAGUCAGCAACAUGAAGUCUGGCUGUGCUGCGUACUUUUGCGCCGUUGAAGCGUUGCUUAAGGCUGGCUGGCGACCUCGAGGGGACGUCGUCCUGACCUAUGUGGUUGGAGAGCUCCAGGGAGGAGUUGGUACGAUGGCUCUCAUUGAUCAGGGAAAGAUCAAUGCUGAUUACUUUGUCAACUGCGAGCCAUCGGACAUACAAGCAGUUACAAUGCACGCAGAAGCCCUGGUCUUCGAGAUCGAACUUGUCGGAAUCACUCGACAUAUGUCAGCUAAGGAGGAGGCGUCAGAUGCGAUCCUAGCGGCAUGUGAGCUGAUUCCCCAGAUGGCAAAGAUGAAAUUUCGUGGGGCCAAGAGCAGUGAGCAUGAAAAGUGCAACAGAUGUUCAGUCGGCGUGGUGCAUGGUGCCCUUGGGAAAGACUUGGUCGAAUGGAGACCUGCGCAAGUAGCGGACGUAUGCAAGCUUGCUGGGAGUGCGCGGUACGCUCCUGGCCAGACACAAGAAGGUGUUAUGGCCGAUAUUCGCGAGCUGGUAAGCAAGGUGAUUGGCAAUUUUGCUGGCAUGUCGGCUACUGUCAAGCAGCGAUUUGAGCCUACAAUGCCGGCCUUUGAGGUAUCAAAAGACACGCGAAUAGUGAGGGCCCUAAAUAAGGCAUAUCGAGAAGUUCGCAACUACGAGCAGCCAACUGGUGUUCUUGCACCGACUUGCUUCUAUGGAUCUGAUGCUGGCCAUCUCUUCAAAGCCUUGGGAAUGGAAGGCAUUGUCUGUGGUCCUGGAGGGAAGUACAACACCAGACCGGACGAGAAAGUAGAUAUUCCGGACUAUCUUGAUUGUAUCAGAAUGUUCAUGCGUCUUAUAGUCGACAUUUGUGGAUAA